ACCCUAGUAUCUAGUUACCCAAACUCCAAACCGUACACACAUUUUACCUCCAUACCAGUUUUUUUAUAUUUAUUUAUUGUUUUCGUACAUUUCUGUAUAUACAUUAUAUAAAUAUCGUAAACUCACGCUCCGCUGUCGCAGUGUGAUACCUGUUGUACACCGCGACCACUACUGCACGACGCCACUCAUCUCCGUCACCGUCACGAACGACGACCCAUAUCACGGCUACCUGUUGUACCUCUAUACAUAAUAUAAUAUUUAUUAUAUUUUCCGGCGCCCAAUUCCGGUUGCAGGUUUUGUUGCACAUUUUCCCCAGCGACGUUUUAUCUGCAAGUGCCGCGGCGAACGCCAAAAAAUAAAUAAAUAUACAAAAUGGCUUCCGUACAAAGGGUGUUGAUCGUACUGUGCGUCGUCUUGUGCCACCUGAUGAUCGCAUCAGCUCAAUUCGAGUUCAGCGACUUCCUGUCCAAUGUCGAACAACAGUCUGGCAACCGAGACCCUAGAGAAAACCGAGGUCCAGUUCUAUUCCCUGUCACCCAACCUGGUUCCGAAACCAGCGGCGUGGUUGUGGGAGCUUCAGGAUUCGGAUUCGUGCCCCCCGGUGGAAACAACAAACAACCACAAGGCCAAAACAUCUUCAGCUUCUGGUGAUGAUGACGAGAUCCGAUAACGAAACACACUGCAAGUCGAUUGAAUUUCCUAAGCGUUUCGCCCGGCAACGGAUAGCAAAUAUAUACUUGUCAAUGCGAGAUCUCUACAAUGUAAUAUUAAUAACACAAAUUAAGAGUAAUAAUAAUUAUAUACUAUUCACACUACAUAUUAUACAUUAUAUCUGUACACAUCGACGUACACCGAUGAAUUCAUAAA